ACACAAAGAAGGAAUCAUUAAUUAACAAAGAAGAAAUCUACCUCACCUGCUCUAAUACCAGAGAAGAAAAUUCUUACUCCAAUUCUACGCGCUUUCACCACAGUAUAUAACUAGCGCUUUCUUCCAAAUCCUGCAACCAAAUUUCAUUGCCCAAAAUGAAUAACAACACAAACCAACCUUCACAGCCUCUUUACCCAUCAAUUUCCUCUGACAACCCAGAAGACAUAAACCCGUUUCACCAAACAAUACCACAAGCAGCAGAAAAUCAUCAAACUGUAACAUCGUCGUCUCAGCCGCCGCCAAGUUAUGAUCAGAAACCGCCCAGUAAUGAUCAGAAAUACUGGGGGACUCAUGUGAUGGGGACGCCUGCAGUCCCGACAUGUCAUCCAGAUAACAAGAAAGCUGCCUUAUGGGGUGGUGGAGAUGAAGCUGCAGCAGCUCAAUACCACCAUCAGCAUCCUUAUCUUCAGUAUAGUCCGGUUGAUAAACCAAGUAGUAGUCCGAUGGAUUCUAUUUUACACAAGUUCAAUUCUUGGAGCAAGAAGGCUGAGAUCACGGCUCAUAAUAUUUGGCAUAACUUGAGGACUAGCCCAUCUGUGUCAGAAGCUGCAUGGGGAAAAAUGAAUUUAACAGCAAAAGCAAUAUCAGGAGGUGGAUUUGAAUCUCUGUACAAACAAACAUUCGCAACCUACCCAAAUGAGAAGCUAAAGAAGACUUUUGCUUGCUAUUUAUCAACAUCAACCGGACCAGUAGCUGGAACUAUUUAUCUGUCUGACUUUCACGCAGCUUUCUGCAGCGAUCGUCCCUUAUCUUUCACUGCACCCUCUGGCCAGGAGACUUGGAGCUACUACAAGAUUAUGAUACCCUUGAACAAGAUUGCCACAAUCAAUCCUGUCGUGAUGAAGGAGAAUCCACCAGAGAAAUAUUUACAGAUUGUAACAGUUGAUGGACAUGAUUUCUGGUUUAUGGGUUUUGUUAAUUAUGAGAAAGCUUCCAAGCAUUUAACUGAGAGUCUCUCACACUUUGUUGCCACAGGAAUUGCAGUGCAGCCUCCAGUUGCUGUGUAAUCAUCAGCUAUUUGUUUUCAGGUUUUUUUUUUCAUAUAUGUAAUAAUAUUAAUUUAAUCUUUUUGGUAGAAUGAGAGUACAAUCAUUUAGAUGGUGUAAUAAUUAUUUGUAGAAUAAUGAAAUGUUAUUUUCUUCUC